AUGAAUUUCUACUCGAUUGUUCAAACAUUUGAAGAUGAUGAAUUUAUGCUGUCCGUUCUCCCAACGAAGUGGACGAUUCGAGGUGGAUGGACAGGUGAAGCAAACUCGGUUGAAGGGCAGGAUGUUUGCUUUUGGCCGAAAAACAUUGCUGGCCACCGACUGUUAGAAAAAACGAAGAAAGAUCCCGAACUCGCUGUUGAAAAAGCCCACUUGCAAGAAUAUCGCUGCAAAAUUAAGCGAACCGGAUUCCAGACGUACAACGAGGCUGUUCGGAAGCUUAAGGUCAUGGAAACAACGCCCGACACGGACGAUUUUGACCCUCCAAGGACAUCAGCGAAGGGGAACGGUGCCGUCGAACUUUUUAAAGCCAUCCAGGCAUCCGGAGGUUCUAAGACUAAGCAGAUUCAAACUAUAACUGUACCCGAACCCGAAAAUCCUCAGCUCAACCUGAUCAUAUCGCUGCUUCACGGUCUGGAAGAGAAAAUCGAUUCUCUCCAAACAUCAUACAACACCCUCAAGGACGAUGUGGAUCAAACUCGCGGUUUAGUGUGCCGCAUGAACGCCAAGGUUGACUUUUUAGCCUCGAACAGCCGAGUUCCAAAAGCAUCAACCUCAAACCAGAAGCGAUUCGAGGAGGUCAAGGGAAUCCGCAAUACUUCAUCUCGAAAGAGGCGCAAGAAGAUUGCGGAUGUCAACGCUACACACGACGCUGCAGGUAGCUCGGAUGGUGAUAUUACGGAGAACGAGAGCAACGGUGAAGAGAACGGAUGUGGAACCGUUAAGGUAGAGCAGCCGAUCAUUCAGCAUGAGGAGAUUGUUGAAGAGUACGUCGUACUAGAGGAAAUCUGA